CCCGCUUACUUAGCAAAUUUGGAUAUCUUACACAUACUCUUGUCUCGAGCGACAGCGACCAUAAUGGAUAGUACACAAACGCAGAUGGUCAACCAAAGGGACUCCCCGUAGUAUGGGGCUCCACUAGCCUUUCUCGAAAGCUCAUGGAAUGAGUUCUCGGCCAAAAUGGAUGAGGGACUAGACGAUCUUGAUCAGAACGACCAGUUCGCUUCCGAAGCAUUCUUCAAUCAAAAUUCCUUGCAGCAACAGAUCCAACAACUCGAUCCUACCAACAAUCUAGGCGCUGGUACGAAUGUCACUCCUGCCACAAACCCGGCCCUUAUUGAACAAUUGCAACAUCGAUGGUAUUGUGGAUGUCUCGAACGUGUCGCAUGGUCAAGGCAUGGCCAUAUUGCCACUAUAUCCAAUGACGGCUCAAAUGUACACAUCGAAUGCAUCCUUUACGAUGGAACCUCCCAAUCUUACAAACUCCAUGAGAGGCUGACCUUGCCCACCUUAUUUGAGGAUGCCAUCAGCCUUGCCUGGAGUGCACAUGGAGGCGAGUUGGCCAUUAUCGACGGCAAGGGAAGAAUAUUCAUCUAUCACAGCUCUCUAGUCGCCAUUAAUUCCCUGGUAUCAGCAAGAUCUGGAAGCCUCGACCAGGUCAGCGACACUUCUCAACCUAUCGGCGUGGCAUGGUUGAAUCAAGAUCGCCAGGACCGACCUAAAAACGUCGUCCUCCACGCAACUAAGAAUGAUACUAGGUGGAUGCAUAACAACGCAAGAGCAAAACCUCUGGCUCCCUACUGGGCCAGGGCCCUACUACUCGCUCAUCGGAACGGCGCAUUGACCUUGUGCUUCCAAAGGACAAGGAGCCCGUACGCAAUAAUCACCCAAUGCGUGUCAACAUCAGACGAUACGCUGUACAGUCAUGCCAGCUUUGCUCCGACCGUGGAAGGAAGGAUGUUGGUUGCUCUCCACUCACUCAAGGGCCAGAUCUCGGUCUCUUUCCUGUCAAUAGACUGGUCUGGCGUUGGGGAAUAUGAAGGGUUUCCUGUUUUCUCCGUGCAGCAUGUCCCCGGCAAAGUGUCCUCUCGGCCCUCAGGCUCACCAACGACCUCUGACCUCUACGACCCAGACGGCUGGAAUCUCAGUCACCUGGAAGUGCUCCACUCUCCCGAAGUCGAGAAAAUGCCUCAGGCACCACCAGCCAUUCUUGCUGUAUCAUCAGGCAUCAACAGAUCAAUCAACAUAACUGAUCCAGGCUAUCUCGUUAGCAGUAUGAUUCAGAAAUGGACAGUCGCCACAGUCGAACAACAAUUACACCCCUUGUUCGCGGAUCUACCUUCCAAAGGGUCCAGUAAUACAGGGUCUAGGUCUAUCAUUACUCUUCAGAGCAGACUCGAAAAGAACGAGCAGUUCAUCACAACCCUUCAUCAGGUUGAUGGUCAGCAAGCGCUGAUUGUUACAACCCAAGAGAAUCGCACAGAUUACUUGAGCUCAGAAGACCUUUCGUCGAUUUCAUAUGCAGCUUCGACGAUGGAAACAUCAUCAAUGGCUCAGUCGGGUUUUACAUUCCCAUUCACUCCUGAUUUGAUGUGUCCCGGAUUCUCCCCGAACGCGUGCGUCAGGGCUGAUAUUGGUCAGGACGACAAAACUCAAAUAAUUGCGAUGGAAAACCAGCUGGGCCAGAUACAGCCCGACCAGCCAUUGGAUCCAACUGUUGACGCGGCAAUCGCAUCUCUGAAUCUUGCUUUUGCUCGAGCAUGUUGGUCAAACGCCACCAUUGACGAUGUGCUAAUGUGUGCGCUCCAAACGAUUCCGCCCGAAUUGGCACCAAUGGUCGUUUCAAGCAUGUAUCGGACUCUGUUUAGGGAUACCGAGUUCAUUAAUGAGAAGACGCAAGGUUCAGAGCUCGAGCGCAUCUUCCAUAAGCAGGUGAUGGGAAGAGUAAUGGCUUACCACGCUUCGCUUACAGCUUACUGUCCACAGCUUCCUUCAAUAUCAUCUACAGAUGGGAGGACAGGGUGGUCUCUGAGUGCCCAAUGGGCUUGGGUGGCCAACAACAUACGCUAUACUGCCACCCUGUUGUUUAUGAACCUAAGAGAUCUUCAGAACGCGAACGUCCAAGUCAGCCAGGACUUUUCAGACAUGCUAUGCUCAAAUAUCCGAUGGGGAUUGGGCGUAAUAAGGUUCAUGAUCAGUGUGAUCCUGGAAGUCGGUGACCGUGAAACGAAUCCGGAAAUGUUUGGUGACAAAGGCCAUGGGCGGCUCGGAGACACCGCAGGAGAUGGCACUCAAGGCCUUAUCGCACUCCUCCUGAAUAUCCACUGCUCCCGCAUAUUCUUGGUUGCCUUUAUUAGAGCUGUAAGGGCAUAUGCUAAGAACACGGAACCGAGAACGAGACACCAAAUGCAAAUGCUGCAGUGUAUUCAACAGCAGACUACCGGUAAAGGCAUCACUUUUCAGGCGAUCGAGGCAAUGUUCGAGUAUCGCUGGGCUGCACAGGGCGACGUUGAGGGCGACGUCGCUGCCACUACUUCACGGCAGCUCGAGAUGAUGGCCACAGGCGUGGUCUCCGAAUCAUAUCAAUCUACAAUCAAGAUCCUGUUGACCAAGCUAUUCAACAGCCCUGCUGGUUUGAGGGCGAAGAUGUUGGUCGAUCGACUCAAGCUCUUCACCGAUCAGGUUGACGUGGAAUACGUCUUUUUGAACCAUGAUGUGCUUGGAAAACAUGCUGAUGACAAGAAACAAGCACCACCCAUCUACGAUGUUCACAGGAAGAAGCCAAUACUGAAAGGUGUUUUGGAGCCUGGUGGCACUGCCGAGCCUGUCAUUAGGAGGUGUAUCCGGUGCGGCAGUUUCAGUGCGGACAUUGUUGUGCCACCGCCAGAUUGGUCAAAGACGGUUUCCCAGCUUCUUUCAAAGUGUAUCUGUGAUGGGCAGUGGGUGAUCGAGCCUUGGAAGAAGUAUGCGGAUGCAGAGUAGAGGUUGGGCAGAAAGUCGACACGCCAGUUCGGGUCAGUAGCAAUGAGAUGGAGAUGGAAGAAGCCAGGCAAUCGGAUCAAGUGUAACGCACGUCGCAUGACGGAGUAUGUGCGUAUUUCGACAUUGCCAACCGCAUUGUAACGCAAGAAUCCAGUAAUUCGCGAGUGUCUCGUGAAUUCUUUGAUUUUCAUUUUUGCACCAUGU